GUACAUGAAUGAAUGGAUAAUUUACUUUCUUGUUGGAUAUACCAAUUCGGCUAGCUCCGAGUUGGCGGACUGACGUCGACGCGACCGCGGGCUUGAAAAUGACAGAUUCAUACACAAUAAUUACAGUCUGUCUCUCAGUAACUGCAUCGGUAUGUUACUGCUAUAUGUGACUGGAUCAUGAGUCGAUAUCUAUUUUAGGGACGCGACGCACUGUGACUUGGCUCUCUUUCGAGCUCUUCUGGUUUCCCUCCUGACCAUCCUCUUUACCCCGCUAUCGCACACUUGAUCACUUCUCGAGCCCAAAAACACGCAAUAUGGGCAGUCAAAAGAGGAUAGCAAAGGAGCUCAGCGAGCUCGUCGAGUCUCCUCCGCCAGGCAUCAAGGUUGAGCUUGCCGAUGAGUCGGACAUCUAUAAGUGGAAAGUGUACAUGGAGGGUCCCGAAGGUUCACCAUACCAGGGCGGUACUUUCUUAAUAAACCUCACGUUGCCGAGCGCCUAUCCUUUCAAACCACCUACAAUUUCCUUCGGCACCAAGAUAUACCACCCGAACGUCACGAACGAUGACAAAGGGAGCAUGUGCCUUGGCAUGCUGAAGUCGGAUGAGUGGAAACCUAGCUCGCGUAUCUCUUCCGUGCUUGAGUUCGCCCGACAGCUCUUGUCAGAGCCGAUGCCUGAUGAUGCGGUCGAGGGCCGCAUUGCGGAACAAUACAAGAAUGACCGGAGCAAGUUCAAUGAGAUUGCAGCCGAAUGGACAAAGCAAUAUGCACACUGAAAGUAGUGAGCCAUAGAAGGAAACCAAUGUACAGUUGACAGGGCUCUGCUCCAGGCACGAAUAGAGAGUUGUUCCUUCUGAAGACAUCUACUUUCCGGGAGGAUGAAUCCCCUUCCCUGAUCCUCAGGAAUGUGUGCUCACUUACGGCCGACUCAUGCAUGGUUCAAGCUGCACAUGGUAUAGACGGCUGCACUAGCAUACUGAUCCCUUCCCUGAUUCCAAGGGCUAU